AUGACGGCCACCAAGAUCGACGGCACAGCCAUUGCCAAAAGCAUACGAGAGCGACUGCAGCAGGAGAUCAAGGACAAACAGAAGGUCAGCCCCCGCUACAAGCCAUGUCUGAAGAUCAUCCAGGUGGGAGACCGCCCAGAUUCAAGCACAUACGUCCGCAUGAAGUUGAAAGCCGCAGAGGAAGCCAACAUCGACUGCGAACUCGUCCAUCUCCCAACGACCAUCUCAGAACCUGAACUGGUCCAGCAGAUCAACGAUUUCAAUAACGACCCCGCCGUCCAUGGCAUCCUGGUCCAGCUGCCCCUCCCCAAGCACCUCUCUGAGCACACAAUCACUUCCGCUGUGCUCGACGAGAAAGACGUCGAUGGCUUCGGCGGCACAAAUAUCGGCGAGCUCGCGAAACGUGGUGGGAAGCCCUUCUUCGUGCCAUGCACACCUCAAGGAGUCAUGGUCCUGCUCAAAGAGACAGGUGUGGAGCUGAAGGGCAAGAAUGCUGUUGUACUUGGCCGCAGUGAUAUUGUCGGCAGCCCUGUCAGCUUUCUCCUCAAGAACGCCGAUGCCACCGUCACCGUCUGCCAUUCGAAAACGCAGAACAUCAAAGAAAUAGUCAAGGGCGCAGAUAUCGUGGUUGCCGCAAUAGGUCAGCCAGGCUUCGUCAAAGGCGACUGGCUGAAGGAGGGUGCCGUGGUCAUUGAUGUUGGCACAAAUUACAUCCCGGACUCCACAAAGAAGUCAGGUCAACGACUCGUCGGCGAUGUCGACUUUGAGCCUGCCAGCGAGGUUGCCUCUCACAUCACACCUGUCCCUGGCGGCGUCGGUCCCAUGACUGUCGCCAUGCUUAUGCAGAACGUUGUCAACUCAGCCAACGCCUACUUCGAGCGAUUGAAGCAACGUCAGAUCGUCCCAUUGCCUCUCCGGCUCCAAAAGCCUGUCCCGUCAGAUAUUGCUAUCUCACGUGUGCAACAUCCCAAAUACAUCACCCAGAUCGCAAAGGAAGUCGGCAUUGCUCCUCACGAACUCGAGCCAUACGGUGCAUACAAAGCCAAGGUUGAUCUGAAACUUCUACACAGACUUGAUCACCGCAAGAACGGCAAGUACGUGCUUGUUGCGGGCAUCACACCCACGCCUCUCGGUGAAGGCAAGUCCACAACGACAGUCGGAUUGGUGCAAGCUCUUGGUGCUCACCUUGGCAAAGUCGCAUUCGCCAAUGUACGGCAGCCUAGCAUGGGGCCAACCUUCGGCAUCAAAGGUGGUGCCGCAGGCGGCGGCUACAGCCAGGUCAUUCCUAUGGACGAGUUCAAUCUCCAUAUGACAGGCGAUAUCCACGCCAUCACCGCAGCUAACAAUCUCCUCGCAGCUGCCAUCGAAACCCGCAUGUUUCACGAAUCAACACAGAAGGAUGGCCCUCUCUAUCGCCGCCUUGUGCCUGCUAAGAAGGGCAAGCGUGAGUUUGCUCCCGUCAUGCUCCGCCGCUUGAAGAAACUCAACAUCACCAAAACCAAUCCCGAUGACCUGACCGAGGACGAGAUCCACCGGUUUGCCCGACUUGACAUCAACCCCGACACCAUAACCUGGCGCCGCGUUCUCGACGUCAACGACCGUCACCUCCGCGGCAUCACCAUCGGUCAAGCGCCGACCGAAAAAGGCCACACGCGCGAGACCGGCUUCGACAUCGCCGUCGCUAGCGAAUGCCGCAUCGUCAUCGGCUCUUCUCGCUCCGGUGACCCCGUCACCUGCGAUGACAUUGGCGCCGGAGGCGCCCUGACCGCCUUGCUCAAGGAUGCCAUCAAGCCAAACCUCAUGCAGACCCUUGAAGGUACGCCUGUCUUUGUUCACGCAGGCCCCUUCGCCAACAUCUCCAUCGGCAACAGCUCGAUCCUUGCCGAUAAGCUCGCCCUGAAACUCACCGGCACCGAACCAGAUGAAGAUCAUGCGUCCCGCGCCGGCUAUGUCGUCACUGAAGCAGGAUUCGACUUCACCAUGGGCGGUGAGCGCUUCUUCAACAUCAAGUGCCGUGCUUCUGGACUAGUACCAGACGUUGUUGUGAUUGUCGCGACCAUCCGCGCCAUCAAAGUCCACGGCGGCGGGCCCGAGAUCUCUCCUGGCGCGCCGUUGGCGAAAGAAUACCAAACGGAGAACGUCGAUUUGUUGCGCAAAGGCUGCGUCAACUUGGCCAAACACAUUGUCAACGCUAAGUCGUAUGGCGUACCCGUCGUUGUUGCAAUCAACAAGUUCGACAGCGAUACCGACGCUGAAGUGAAGGUCAUCGAGGAGGAAGCCCUCAAGGCAGGAGCUGAAGCGGCCGUCCCGGCAUCGCAUUGGGCUGAUGGUGGCGCUGGGGCGGUGGACCUCGCGAAGGCCGUCAUCUCUGCUUCCACCAACAAGCCAGUCACAGAUUUCAAACUCUUGUAUGGCACGGAAGACGCCGGACCCAACGCGAUUUACAACCGUCUCGAGACCAUCGCGAAAGAAAUGUAUGGCGCUGCGGGCAUCGAGCUAUCAGACCUUGCGGCUCAGAAGAUCGAGACAUACACUCGUCAAGGGUUUGGGAAUCUACCGAUCUGUGUCGCGAAGACACAGUACAGUUUGAGUCAUGACCCGGCGCUGAAGGGUGCGCCGACCGGGUUUACUGUGCCAGUGAGAGACGUGCGGUUGGCGGUGGGUGCAGGUUACCUUUAUGCGCUGGCCGCUGACAUACAGACAAUACCCGGCUUGCCCACGGCGCCAGGCUUCAUGGGCGUGGAUGUUGAUCCGGAAACGGGAGAGAUUGAUGGUCUUUUCUGA